UGCCCUUGUGUUGCUUGCUGAGUGCCGCCUAGCAGUACGUCACAUUGAUUGAAAUCUCCAUGUAACGGAACGGGAUAUACAGCGGCGGCACGCGUCCCAAAGACCAACCAACGGACCUACUGCAAGGGACCGUCUCCCGCUGCCGCUCUUGCCGUUGCCGUUGCCGUUGCCGUUGCUGUUGCUGUUGCGGCUUCAAUUCCUCUUCUUCUUCUUCUUCUUUCUUUCUCCGCCUAGGCUACUCUCAUUCCCAUUUUCAGCCACACACAUACGCCCAUUGCUGCUACCUCUCUUCCUUCUCCGUCUCAAUUAGCAACAACCUCUCCACAUCCUGCGCUGUUCCGGACUGAAAGCCUCCAUGGCCGAGCCUGCAUCGUCGUCUCCGGCUCCGGCUCCGGAGCCGGCGGAGAAGAAGAAGGCGGCGUACCAGUACCACGAGGGGUGCCCAGGGUGCGCCAUGGAGCGCAGGAAGGAGAACCGAAAGGGAGCGCCGUACAGGGAGCUCUUCUUCGUCGGGAUCACCACCUUUGCCUCAGCUUUGCCGAUCACGUCCUUGUUCCCGUUCCUGUACUUCAUGAUACAAGAUUUGCAUGUUGCCCAGAGAGAAGAAGAUAUUGGAUUCUAUGCUGGAUUUCUUGGUGCAUCAUAUAUGGUUGGUAGGGGAUUCGCGUCAAUCUUUUGGGGGAUGGUGGCAGAUCGCAUUGGGCGAAAGCCUGUAAUUAUGAUUUCAAUUGUCUCGAUCAUUAUAUUCAAUACUUUAUUUGGAUUAAGUGUGAAAUAUUGGAUGGCUAUUGCUACAAGGUUUCUUCUUGGUGCUCUCAAUGGAUUUCUCGCACCAGUAAAGGCUUACUGCAUUGAAGUUUGUCGAGAUGAUCAGCAGGCUUUGGGCAUGUCAACCGUCAAUACAGCAUGGGGAAUAGGCCUUAUAAUUGGCCCGGCAAUUGGAGGCUACCUUGCACAGCCAGCCAAACAAUAUCCACACAUCUUCCAUGAGAAGUCAACAUUUGGGAGGUUCCCAUUUCUUCUUCCAUGUCUUUGCAUAUCAGUUUUCGCAACCUUUGCCCUCAUAACCUGUAUAUGGCUUCCGGAAAGCCUACACAAGCACAACAAACUUCAAAAGGGAGUUGAAACAGCUCAAGCUUCUACAUCUCCGGAAAGUGCAGACCCACCUAAGAAGAGCUUACUGAAGAAUUGGCCUUUGAUGUCAUCGAUUAUCACAUACUGUGUCUUCUCUCUUCAUGACACUGCAUAUAGUGAGAUAUUUUCUCUGUGGACUGUAAGUGAUAGGAAAUAUGGUGGACUUAGCUUUUCAUCUAAGGAUGUCGGCCAAGUUCUUACAGUGGCAGGUGCAAGUCUUCUUGUAUAUCAAAUCUUUGCUUAUCGUUGGCUCGACAAGAUCUUCGGACCUAUCAACUUAACCCGCACUGCGUCGGCACUGUCUAUACCAAUUAUUGCUGCUUAUCCCUUUAUGACACACUUGUCAGGAAUAAGGCUUGGUGUGCCUCUGUAUAUUGCAGCAAUGUUUAAGAGCUGUCUUGCUAUCACUAGAGUUAGUGGCACUUCUCUUCUACAAAACAACGCUGUGCCACAAGGGCAGAGGGGCGCUGCAAAUGGAAUAGCCACAACAAUGAUGUCCUUAUUCAAGGCUUUUGCUCCUGCUGCGGCAGGUAUUAUAUUCUCGUGGGCACAAAAGCGCCAACGUGCAGCAUUCUUUCCAGGUGAUCAGAUGGUGUUCCUUCUGCUGAAUUGUACAGAGGUCCUUGGGCUAUUGCUGACAUUCAAGCCUUUCCUGGCUGUUCCAGAACACUACAAAUAGAGCAUACAUGUACGUCUGCACUAGGCAUAAUAGAGAGGAAGGCUGAAGCGCAGCCAUUUUGCUGAACUUUGUAGCAGCAGUAGUUCUGCUGUCACCCCAGUGGAGAGUGAGCGACUGAUGAGUGUAGUAUGUAGGCCUAAUAAGUAGGCACAUAACACACUACCAACUGGGCAACCAAUUGCAUUCAUGGAAUGCGCUGCGUGUUAUGUAAUAAUAAGCUUAUAAAGCAAGCAAGCAGGAACACAAGGUUGAUAGAACUCUGAUAAUACUCCCAACGUUCAUGAAUCCCAUGCUUCCUAAAGCCACAGAAGUGACUGAAAUUUCUUUAAA